CGGCAUGAUUUUGACAAGAGAGACAUGUUUUGUUUACUAUCCAUUUCCCAAUUGGACAGACUUCCACACGUGCGUCUUGCAUUUAAAUUGUUUAUAAAGUAUUUUACUCAAUUUUAGUAUUUAAAAAAAUGGAGCAUGAAGAUAUGCCAUCAUUGGAAUCAGAGGCCGUUAAAAAUGGUGCAAUUGAAGAUGAUUCAGAUUUUACGGAUGACGACGACUCCGAAGAAGAAUCAAUGGAUGAUGCUGAACCCACCACAUGCCUAUUCUGUACGGAAGUUUUAAAAUCUGUUGAUUUGGCCCUGGAACACAUCACCAAGCAACAUGGCAUAAAUUUUAGUCAAAUGAAGACUAAAUUCAAUAUGGAUCAGUAUUCAUUUUUAAAACUAAUAAAUUACAUACGUCAAGAGGAGGGUGUAACCGUUGAAAAACUCAAUUCAGCCACCGAAGCUUUUUGGAAUGAUGAAAAGUAUCUAAAACCCAAAGAUUAUGAGCCAUGGCUGACCUAUGAUUACGAAGCCCUGCCAUCAGAGGGAGCACCUAGCUGUACCAAAGAAAAGGAUGUAAAUUUAUUGGUGCACUCUUUGCAAGAGCAAAUUAAAAUACAACAAGAUCAAUUGGAACAGGCUGCCAAAGAUAUGGCUACUCUUCGACAGGGCUUUCAUCGACUCUUAGAAAAAGAUAAUAGUACCAAGGAUCCAAAAGUACGAUGUGUUUCUUCCGUACCGGUUAAGGCUGAUGAAAGUUAUUUUGACAGUUAUGCCCAUUUUGGUAUACAUCAUGAAAUGCUUUCGGAUACCGUGAGAACCUCCAGCUAUCGUGAUGCCCUAAUGAAGAAUAAGGACUAUGUUAAGGGAAAACUUGUGCUCGAUGUUGGGUGUGGCACGUCAGUCCUGUCGAUAUUCGCCUCCCAAGCUGGAGCCGAGAAGGUUGUGGGCAUUGACAAUUCAAGCAUCAUAUACAAUGCCAUGGAUAUUGUUAAGAAAAACAAUAUAGAAAACGUCACCCUGGUUAAAGGCCGCUUGGAAGAAACAAAUUUGCCCAUUGAGAAAUUUGACAUAAUUGUUUCAGAGUGGAUGGGCUACUUUCUCCUUUUCGAGGGAAUGUUGGAUAGCGUUAUUUACGCCCGAGAUAACCACUUAAAGGAAAAUGGCAUACUUUUACCAAAUCGCUGCACAAUGUCAAUUGUUGGCUAUGGCAAUGAUGCAUUGUUCAAACAGCAUGUUACAUUUUGGAAUGAUGUCUACGGGUUGGACAUGUCCACAAUGAGAAAAGAGGUUAUGCAUGAACCUCUUAUUGAUGUUGUUGAUCCAAAGCACAUACUAACGGAAUCGAAUUGUAUUGCCGAUUUGAAUUUAAUGACUGUCAAUCUAAAUUAUUCUAAUUUUGAUUAUAAUUUUGAACUCAAAUGUGUUAAGGACGGAAGUAUAUCCUCUUUGGUGGGAUAUUUUGAUAAUUACUUCGAGUUGCCCGAACCGGUGAUGUUUAGUACUUCGCCCAACUCAACCCCAACACAUUGGAAGCAAGUGGUUUUCUUUAUAGAACAACCACAAGCGGUCAAGGAGGGUGAUGUAAUUCGUGGUACAAUAAAAUGUAAGCGCAGUCUGAAGGCUGCAAGGUCACUGGACAUUAGUAUAGAUAUAUUUAAUAAGAAAUAUACAUACUAUCUCGACUAAGUUAAAUAAAGUUGUGUAUACACAAAUAA